AAGCGAUGGCGCAUGCGCAUUGGUCUUUCCCUUCCCUUUCUUCUCUCCUUCUCCCCUUCUCCCCCCAGUGCAGCGCCCCAUGCCCCCCCCAACCGCCCUUCAAAGAGGGCGGCGUGGGGAGGUGGUGUUUUCUGGGAGCGAUGGGAAGUGGGCUAUGAUGUUAAAGGGAGAAGGAGCCCGAGGCAGGAAAGGGCCCGUAAGGAUUGCAGGCUGCAUAGUGUUUCCUCCGAGAAGAACGGAAGCACCGUGAGGACAGGGCCUAGGACAUUUUUGUCCCCUGAGUUUCCGACAUCUGCAUUGACCCAGGGGCUGGAGCGUAUCCCUGACCAGCUGGGCUACUUGGUACUGAGUGAAGGAGCCGUGCUGGCGUCAUCUGGUGAUUUGGAGAAUGAUGAACAAGCAGCUGGUGCAAUCUCUGAGCUAGUGAGCACAGCCUGUGGUUUCCGGUUGUACCGUGGCCUUGACAUGCCCUUCAAACGCCUGUCUGUGGUCUUCGGGGAACACACGUUGUUGGUGACUGUAUCUGGACAGAAGGUGUUUGUGGUGAAAAGACAGAAUCACAGCCGUGAACCCAUCAAUGUCUGAGACUACAGGGGAUUGGAGGGGAAGGUUAAGAGUAUCUCUGUAAGCUUACUGCUUUUCCACAUACGUGAUUUUACCACUUUCCCUAAUAGAAUCUAGUCAUUCUGCCUUGUCUUCAUCUCUUCUCCCCAUCCCUGCUCAGUGGGCAGAGGGUUGGGUUUUUUUCUCAGUGUAAAAGGGGAUCAGGGCAGGGAUACUCUCCCUUCUUUCCAAUAAACAUGGUGUCUGACACUAGUACCCUUGA